AUGCCUGGAUCAACUAGAACGCUUCCUGGAUCUACAAUUGUGACCACCACAACUGCUCCAGGCGAAACCGAAACUGUAACUCUUCCAGACAGCUGCACUACAGAUACGGUGACAAUGACUGCUUCUUAUGCUGUUUCUCUCUGCCCAUCCCGUACUGUUAACCCCACCUUUACGCCUGCCGCUUCCGUUCCCUCCGAUUAUUUAUGGGGCUGCCCCCCAGGCAAGUUAUGUAUCCCAAACCGCAGCGAAGCCGAUGGAGACUGCAACUUCGAGGUUGGGCUUCCUUCACCCGAAUUUUACUGUAGCCCAGAGGAAUGCCACUCUCCCCCUCCCCUCGAACCUUACCAACACUGGGAUCCGUCGAAUUCAACACUGGACAAAUUUAUUGCCUCAUCACACUAUUACAACCUUAAUCCUCGAAUAUUUGGACUGGAUUAUGAUAUCUUCAAGUUCAGGGAUUCGACACCGGGGAAGCCAUAUCCCACGUCCUACACUACUCGAUCUCCGACACACUACCCGACACACUAUCCAACGCAGUAUCCUACUCGAUCUCCGACGCGAUACCCGACAGACUCCCCAACAGUCUAUCCGACAGACUCCCCAACAGUCUAUCCGACAGACUAUCCGACAGACUAUCCGACAGACUAUCCGACAGACUAUCCGACAGACUAUCCGACAGACUAUCCGACAGACUAUCCGACAGACUAUCCGACAGACUAUCUGACAGACUAUCCGACAAGAUAUCCGACCAGAUACCCAACGAAAUAUUCAACUCUGCAUCAAAGACAACUUCCCGAUCAAUUGCCUAGUCAGUGCUAUGCCUCCUGCGAUUAUGCCGGCUUGGAGGCGGAACGUCAUGGACUUACAGCGGAACUCUGUGUUGGCAAUUCGGCAUUCAUGGCUUUCUUAAAUGAAUGCCAUCGAUGCAUUGCAAUCCAAGCAAGGAUAGGCAAUCCUAAGGAAGCCUUACGGGAGAAUGCUCCUAAUUUUAGGUCGAUAUUGGAUUUUUGUGAAACACCGCCAGGUGAAACAUCCCCGCCUCCAGCACAAAGUACUACUGGUGGACCCUCGACCUUAACAAUGAAUCCACCCCCAACCACCCCCACGGAAUCUCCGCCAGGAUCUCCCUCCGAAACUCCCAUACAAACUCCAGUAACCCCUACCGAAGCACCCAAUACACUUCCAUCAAGUGAUUCUUCCAAAACCGCCAGCCCAACCGACGGUGCUUCGACAACCGCUCCACCGACUAAGACUGGGGUUGAGAUCACUCCAACUCCCACCACAGGUGGACCAGGUGAAAGCCCUUCGGUAUCGAAUAGCCCUACACAAUCAAGCAGAAGUGGAGGUGAAACGCCACCAACUGACUCCGGUCAAACUGGAGGGAGCCCUACCGAUUCUCCCCCGAUUGGUUUCCCCGGUACCGCAAAUUCUAUCCUUGUUCCUUCAUCUCAGUACUAUAUAAGUGCUGCUGCGGCUCUUGCAAUAGUAAUUGUAUUGCUUUAA